AUGAUCUCCGCACCAAUCCACGUUUUAAUCGUCAUCUUCCUCGUUCUCUCCGCCGGAGGCCAAAUCUCCGCCGCUGGUGAUAAGCCGGAGACGGAGCCGGUUCCUGCGGCAUGGCCUGAGCAGUUUCACGCAUUGUUGUUGAUGAACAAAUCUGGAUCCCUGGAAGUUGUGGACCUUUGGUACGACUGGAUCAAUGGCCGUAAUUUCAACAUCAUUCAGAAGCAGCUCGGUGAAUUAAGUUACGACCUCGAAUGGAACAAUGGCACCUCUUUUUACUAUACCCUCGAUGCUUCUAAAUCUUGCCGCACUGUUCACUUCGAGGUUGGAAUCCUGAGGCCAAAUUGGCUAGAUGGAGCAAACUAUUUGGGUCAACGACGUGUGAAUAAGUUUCUCUGCAACGUAUGGGAGAAGGUUGACUUCUUAUGGUAUUAUGAAGAUGUUAUCACCAAGAGACCUGUACAAUGGAUCUUCUAUACAGGGAGGGAAGCUCAUGUGAUGACAUUUGAGGUUGGAGCUGUCUUAGAGGACGAGAAGUGGCAGGCUCCUGUCUAUUGUUUUAACAAGGAGGAGAAGAACAGUGAGUGA